CCCAAUAUCUAAUUGUAUGUACAAUCGUGCAUGAUAUCACAAGCUUCCCUUUCGGCUAUGGCCUCUUUCCGAUUCGACAGUUCACCGUGCUUUCAUAUCCUCUCCAGGUAUAUCGCUCUUCUACGCUUCAUCUUAUGCUUUCGCUGCUUGAACUUCCACCUCCGCUCCAAAUUUCUGUACUGUUCAGCUAUCCGAAUAUGAAACCCAGCUAGUCAUCGUAUCUAUAAUUUAGAUGGGUCAAAAUUGAACUCUGCAUAUCUCCUAUUAGCCCUAUUGUCGAAGAUGUGUAUGAACCACUCUAAGAUCCUUAUUGCUCGGGCAUAAAGUAAAGCCUUUACACAGAGAAGUUGGAUUGCUAUGUGACCAAGUUAGUUUUGGUGAGAAAUUUGGCAGAGCAAACAUCAUUUCUUUAUAUAGACAGAAGAUUCUUCACUGCAGUAAAGUUUAACCAUCAUGUCUUGGUGUACCAUUGAAUCUGAUCCCGGGGUUUUCACUGAGCUCAUUCAGCAGAUGCAAGUAAAAGGAGUGCAGGUUGAAGAAUUGUAUACAUUGGACCUUGAUGCUCUCAAUGACCUUAGGCCAAUCUAUGGAUUAGUUUUUCUUUUCAAGUGGCGCCCUGGCGAAAAAGAUGACCGUCUAGUGAUCAAGGACCCCAACCCCAACUUAUUUUUCGCUAGCCAGGUUAUCAAUAAUGCAUGUGCCACCCAAGCAAUCCUAUCAAUCCUUCUGAACAGCCCAGACAUUGACAUAGGCCCAGAACUUUCUCAGCUAAAAGAAUUCACAAAGAAUUUUCCACCCGAGCUCAAGGGUUUAGCCAUCAACAACAGUGAUUCGAUCCGGGCUGCCCAUAACAGCUUCGCAAGACCAGAGCCGUUCGUUCCUGAGGAGCAGAAAACUGCAGGGAAAGACGACGAUGUCUAUCAUUUCAUAAGUUACAUUCCAGUCGACGGCAUACUGUAUGAGCUUGAUGGGCUGAAAGAAGGGCCCAUCAGCCUUGGACAAUGCCCCAGUGGGCCGAAUGAGGAUUCUGAGUGGUUGCGAUUGGUUCAGCCAGUGAUUCAGGAAAGGAUUGAGAGGUAUUCAAGGAACGAAAUAAGGUUCAACCUGAUGGCCAUAAUCAAGAACAGGAAAGAAAUGUACACUGCUGAGUUGAAGGAGCUUCAGAGGAAAAGAGAAAGGAUUCUUCAGCAAUUGGCUGCUUUACAAUCAGAGAGGGUUAUGGUGGAUGGAAGUAACGUGGAGGCACUGAAUAAAACACUAACGGAAGUGAACUCUGGCAUUGAAGUGGCUACUGAGAAGAUACUGGUGGAAGAAGAGAAGUUCAAGAAAUGGAAAACCGAAAACAUCCGCAGAAAGCACAACUAUAUUCCCUUCUUGUUCAACUUCCUGAAGGUUCUUGCCGAAAAGAAGCAGUUGAGACCUCUUAUAGAGAAGGCAAAACAAAAAGCUAGCAAAUCGUAAUAGGUCUGGAAAAAGUGUACGCACAGCUCAAGUAUGGUAUGAUCUUUUUUCAUUGCUGUUGCAUGGUAUUAAUCAAUAUUAUUAUCACGUUUUAGUUAUUACUGAGAUUUUGCUUAAACUACAAUGAUCUUAUAAUAUUCACUGGGAUUGUUUGCUUAUCUCGUUUUAGUUAUUACUGAGAUUUUGCUUAAACUACAAUGAUCUUAUAAUAUUCACUGGGAUUGUUUGCUUUUGAUUUAA